AUGGCCACUAACGCUACUUCAAAGUUUUCUCUCCUCACAUCUCUAACACUUGCAUAUCUCAUAUCGACCGUUCACUUCACCACCGUCGUCGAGGCAAGGAACAUGCAGACCAUGACGGUGGCUGCUGAUCAUUCAGGUGACGGAAACCUAGUGGAUUGUUGGAACGCGGCGUUGGAGCUCAAGUCUUGCACUGAUGAGAUCGUCAAGUUCUUCAUGAGCCGUAACGGUACGGCUGAACCGGGUGUAACCGGUGGAAUUGACAAAGAUUGUUGUGGAGCUAUUGAGCUGAUUGGGAAAGAGUGUUGGUCCGUUAUGUUUACUUCUCUAGGGCUUACGAAUAUGGAAGGGAAUAUGGUUAGCGAGUAUUGUGAUUUUCAGGCGGAGAAGCUGGUGUUGUCUCCGUCACCGUCACCGUCUCCGGCGCCGGAAGCUCUGGCUUUGUCUCCGGUUGAAAUUACGUACCCUGGACUUGGUUAA